UCCGAGUAUGUUAGAGCGCCUCCAGCUAGCAUGCCAGCUGCAACAACAAACUCAGAGAAUGUUAGAGCUCUUGUAGCUGACACUAAUAACUUGAGACUAGAAAAGAUUCCUGAGGUGUUGGAUAGGCCUCAGGUAAAGGACUCAUCGAAAGGGUUCCGACGGCUGUUGAAGUUCGGAAAAAAGAAUCAUAGCUCGGCUAGAAGCAAGCAUAGUAUUGACUCAAGCGGUGAGGCUGAAGAGUUGGUUCCAAAUGCUGCCUCAUCCAGUGAAGUUCAUUUAUUGAAGAAUCUGAUCUCUCAGGAUGAGACCCCCACAGCCGAUACUACUCCACAAAAAUCUUCUCGCUCGUUUUCGAUGUUGUCACCAUUCCGAAGCAAGACCAGUGAAAAGAAGCAUAUGGCUUGACGACGAAGUUGAAGCCAUGAACUUUGUAUUUCUUUUCCAUGGACAUGUUUGUAAAAAAAAAGGUCUUUCUGCAGCCACUCUCAUUGGUUAAUGUUCUUGAACUGAAUCGGUUUCGUACCGACUUUUCCUCCCAAUUUAUAUUUACUUUUCUUAUGCAUU